UUGAAGCUGUGUCUGGAGAUGGACAUGAUGUUACCUGCAGAACCACAUGAAACUUUAGUAUAAUGUUGAUGCAGCUGCUGCAAACUAAUUCUACUUACUCCCAAUAGUUCUCAUCCAUCAUGGGCCUGGCAAUAGUAACCUUUUGAAUAGUUCCAUUGCUUCAUGUGACUUUCUUAUAACUGGUCUUUGUGAGGUCAUAGAUGCUCCAUCUGUAUAUUCUUUAGAAUUACUUGUCAUGGGCUCACUUCCCAGUAGAAAAAUUCUGUAUCACUUGAAAAUCACCAUGAUCUGAAUACUGCAUUCAGAUGUUUCUUCCUUUUUCAUCGAUUGUGCACUGUUUCUGUCUCUUUCAUUGCUGAAUAUUUCAAUUAAUCUACAGCAUAUGAAUGUUCAAAGUCAUUAAAUUCAAACCUUUGGAAAGAGAAUGUAAUUGAUUUAAUAGGUCUUAUAUAAUCUCAUCAAAGGCAAAUGCAUGAACCCAUUAUAUCAAAGUGUAAAGCAGCAUGACCAUUUUGAGAAAGGUGAAGACAUAAGAGGAGAAGUACACUAUGUUUCCCAAUGCCUUUAUCAAGAAGCCAUCCAAAUGUUCUUUUGAUUCAAAAGGAAAAUUUACUACAAACCUGGAGUUAGCAUUAGAACGAAAUCAAAUCCGUACUUCACAGCAAUGCAAAGCCCCUCCAGAAAGACAAUCCUGGAUAAGGCAACCACCGGAUUUUAGCUAUAAAGUGCAUUUAUCUUCACAUAAGCCAGUCGGAAAGCUCCAAGAGCUGAAAAAAAAGGAAAAGAAGAAGACAUUUUAUGAAGAAUUACACAGAAUAAGAUCAGGAUUGAUUGUCCCAUUCAUUGAAGAGGACAAAGAAACAGAGAUUGUUACCAGAUUUCCUUACAGAGGCCCCUAUGAAGCCAAGUUAAUGUUUGUGAAGAUGGGAAAAUUUACUAGCAACAAAUACCAAGAUCCCAAACCAUAUGAUUACAGACAGUAUGAACAAGGAAUACCAAAUUUUGUGACAAGUUAUGCCAGGGAUCCUUUAAGUCUAAGGUUCAAAUCACAAUGUUUAAGCAAAAUUUAUGGACUGCCUCCUCUGAAAGAUGAGAAAAAAAAGUCCAGCUCAAAAGAAAAAUUCAUCACCCACAAGCCUCAAGAACUGAAGUGGGAUUCAAAGCUAUUUUUACCCAAGGAGCCCUGGCCUACAAAAUCUUGUUCCUUUACGAGGCAUAGAAACCAUUGGGGUGCACCUAAUGCCAUUAUAGAUCGUGUAGAAGAAACAUUAAGCAAACUGUGGCUGAAAGAGGCAAUUAAGCAGAAAGAAAGCAGAAGGAAAGCAGCAGCAACUAUAAAGCAAAAAUUCCCAAGUAUAUCUGUUUCCAUUCCAAAGCAACAUCUGACUGGAAGGAACGAAGAAAAAAGCUUGCCCAAAACCCUCCAUUCCCCAUUACUAUCCUUAAGACAAUGUGAAUGGUCAAUGUCUAAGGAUAUCAGCCUUCCAUUGUAUGUAAAGCCAGAACCUUUAGGCUUCUUGCUGCCCACAGGUAUAGCUCAAACUGUAGAGGAGCUGAAAUACGAGUAAUGAAAAUAGAUAACGGAAUGUUCCAAAAAUAUUUGCCUAAAUGUUGCUAUUAUUAUUUUUUAACAUUUAGAAUCUACUAUAGAAGUAGAUGCGCCCAUGCUAUUAGUUUAGUGAAUGUUAAAUUUUAAAAAACCAUGUACAUACACAAUAAAUUAUCAUAAAAUGGCAUUAUAUAAUUAAAUUGCUAUAUAAUUAAUACUAUUAUAAUAUUAUAUUACAAUAUAACAUAUUAUAAAAAGGAUUAGAUCUACAAAAAUACAGGUAACCCGCAAGUUACAAAUAUUCAAUCAGUGACUAUACAAAGUUAUAAUGGAACUUAUGAGGAACUUAUGAGCAAUUAUGAUUACAACCUGUGAAGUUGUGGCCAUUGCAGCAUUCUUAGUCACAUGAUUGUGAUUUGGAUUUUCUGUGCCCAGAUUGCAAUUAAAACAUUGAAUGAGCUGCUGUUACAUUAGAACAUUUUAAUAUUCCCUAUCCGCUUCCCACAAAUCAGAAAGCUGGUAGGGAGCUGGAAAUUGCUCCCACACUCAUCAAUUUUUCACCAGUUUAUGCUCCAAUAGCACCCACAUCACUUCUGCAUCUCCCCACCUCGGCAGAUGCAGACCUGAUGUGAUGGUUGGGUGCUAAUAGAUGAUAAUGGGAGAAAUACUGGAUUGCCCAUGACACCCUCUGCCUCCUGCAGCACCUACUGGAUUGCCUGAGAUUCCCAUUUCUUCCCAAAACCUACAAUGGCAAUGGGAUUGUGAGAUUGCCAUUACUAAGCAAAGCAACCAGUGUGACGUCAUGUUUAUGAUCACAUCACUUAACAUCAGAAAUUCCCAUCCCAAUUGCUGCUGUAACCCAAGGAGCAUCUAUAUUGUCCUCUAUAUUCUUGAAAAAAUGGCAACUUGUUUUUAUGCUAUCUUUGGAAAUAGUUCAUAAACUCUGGGCAAAAAUCACUGCAAAAUUAUAUGAAAAAAAUAUCUGGAAAAGUUAUACAUUAAAAUCUUAACAAUACCAAAACCGGUUUCAAUAAAACAUCAGAAUACAAACUGAAAAGUAUUCUGGACUGAAUCAUAGAAGCAAACUUAGAAACAGAUGAAAAAAGAUUUCCAGCCUAAUUUCACAACGGAAUCUCAGUAUGACAGGCUUCUGUGCAAUCUUGCUUUUGGAAUAGAAUAGGAAUUAUUCAUACAACCUAACUGUAUGUCAAAGGAGGACCAUUUGCAGUUUAUUAAUUUUUGAACAUGACUGUAUUACUGUUUAUUUAUCCACAGGCAACUUUUAUAUGUUGUAUACCAUUUAAUAAUAUAGUAUUAAGGACUUCAAAAUGAAUACGUUGUUACCAAUUUUUUGCCCUUAGGGAUUCACACUGCACAGAUGAAAUAAAAAUUAGAACAAUAAGUAAAUAUCAUAACAUUAUAAAUUGAAGACAUUUGAUGAUGGGUCUGAAUAAGAAAAAUUGAAAUCAUGCUCUUUAAGGCAUUCAUCUAUAUGAAAAGCUAUAAUAGCAAAUGCUGUUUUUGUCUAAGCUCUAGAGGUCCCUGAGUCCAUUCAAGGAUCAACCAAGAAGAUAUUUGCAGUAUGAAAAUGUGAAAUUCAGAUCCUUUAUAUGGUGUUUGUUUAUACUGUCAAUUCUUGUUAUUGGAGUCCAUAACAUUUUCCAUGUUUCAGUAUUUUUUACUAUGUUGGUCUCUUCUCCAUAUAAGAUUACAAUUAGGUUAGAAAAUAAAGACAGUUUCAGAAGAAUUGCUAUAAUAUAUAUUAUUUCUAUAUCUUUAAAGCAAAGGUUUGCAAUGAGAUGGGGACCACAAGCAAGAUCUUAAAGAGCAUUUUGAAGUGCUAACUUCAAAAAAUACAUUAGGUCAGGACAAAGAAAUGGAUGGAACUAGGGGGAAAAAACCUUAAAUAUUGGUAACUUGGAAGACUUUUGGGGCUGUAUCCCUCAAAUUCAAUAUGUCAUUUGCAUUAAUAAUCUUGUUUUUAACCUGAAUUUCUUUUUUGUUCUUUA